UCCCAUCCAAAAUGGAUACCGCUGGAAAAGUUAUUAAAUGCAAGGCUGCUGUAUUGUGGGAGGCACACAAGCCUCUUAGCAUUGAAGAGAUUGAAGUUGCUCCACCAAAGGCUCAUGAAGUCCGGAUAAAGAUCAUAGCUACUGGAAUCUGUCGAUCAGAUGACCACGUGAUAGAAGGACAUGUAAAAAGGGUGAACUUUCCAAUUAUUUUAGGCCAUGAAGGUGCUGGAAUAGUUGAAAGUAUUGGUGAAGGAGUAACUACAGUUAAACCAGGUGACAAAGUAAUACCACUACUUCUCCCUCAGUGUGGAGAAUGCAGAGGCUGCCAUGACCCAAAUGUAUAUAAUGUGUAUAAACAAGAUCUUGGAAAAAACAGUGGUCUAAUGUCUGACAACACCAGCCGGUUUACCUGCAAGGGCCAAGUAGUUCAUAAUUUUCUCAGCACCAGCACCUUUACGGAGUACACUGUGGUGGAUGAAAUUAGUGUGGUUAAGAUACAUGAUGAUGCACAACUGGAUAAAGCCUGUGUGAUUGGCUGUGGAUUUUCUACUGGCUAUGGCUCAGCUGUUAAUGUGGCUAAGGUUACUCCGGGGUCAACCUGUGCUGUGUUCGGGUUAGGGGGCAUUGGCCUCUCUGUAAUAAUUGGAUGUAAGGUUGCUGGAGCUGCUAAAAUCAUUGGAGUUGAUGUAAACAGUGAUAAGUUUGAAAAAGCCAAAGAAUUAGGAGCUACUGAAUGUAUCAAUCCAAAGGACUGUGAAGAGCCCAUCCACGAGGUGCUAAUAAAGCUGACCAAUGGUGGGGUCAACUGUGCUUUUGAGUGCAUUGGAAAUCCUAAUAUCAUGGUUUCUGCACUUCAGUCCACUUAUGUUGGCUCUGGUACCACAGUUAUUAUUGGAGUAACAUCUGAAAAAAUCACAUUCGAUCCCAUGCUGUUUCUUACUGGACGCACUAUGAAAGGAGCUAUAUUUGGAGGUUUUAAGAGCAAGGAUUGUGUUCCUCAACUUGUAUGCGAUAUGAUAUCAGAAAAGUUUAAAUUGGAUACUCUGAUAACUCACAGGUUGCCUUUUACUGAAAUAAACAAAGGAUUUGAGCUUUUGCGUAAAGGUGAAAGUUUGCGCAGCGCUUUAAUCUCUAGAACAGCGACUUGGCGGCCUGCCAGCCUUCUAAUCUGUAACGAGAGCCCAGAACAAGAGCACACAGAGGACAGCGUGCUGAGACCCGACCUGAACGUCCUCACUAACACUCUUCCGAACUUUGAGGAUGAAUUGCUCCGCAGCACCUGCAGCUGCACAGUUCAGUGCAGUAUAAUCCAGUCCGCGGACCUUCCGCAGAGACUUCUCGUGGCGUUUUACGGGUUGUCAUUCGUCCGAUCGACCUGCGAUAUUUCCUGUGACCUCUCUGACGUUUACAAACGAGCCUCCAAAUCUACACAUUUACUUAAGUAUGAUUCAUUCCGCUCCCCGGCGCAGACUGAGAACACGAGCGCCGCAUCUCAGACCUUCGUUAUAAACGGUUCGUUAAACACUUCCGCGGUUCCGGGCGCUUAA